GUAACCCUAACCGCGCAGGAUAUAUAUAUACUCUCCGUUCUCCUAUUAUCUCAAUUAACCCAUCCCACUCACAAAACCCUAGCACAGCAAAGGCAAGGACGACGAAGGAGGCGCCCGAGAUCUACGGUUAGGGUUUCACAUUCCCAAUCACCAUGACUUUCAAGCGAAGGAACGGUGGACGAAACAAGCACGGCCGUGGCCACGUCAAGUUCAUCCGCUGCUCCAACUGCGGCAAAUGCUGCCCUAAGGACAAAUCUAUUAAGAGGUUUCUGGUGAGGAACAUAGUUGAGCAAGCGGCAGUUAGAGAUGUCCAAGAAGCUUGUGUUUACGAUGGUUACAUUCUUCCGAAGCUGUACGUGAAGAUGCAGUACUGUGUUUCAUGCGCAAUCCACUCUCAUGUUGUGAGGGUCCGGUCCCGUACCAACAGGAGGAACCGUGAACCUCCACAGCGUUUUAGGCGCCGGGAGGAUCAGCAGCAAAGGCCUGGUGCACCUGGUCAAGGACCGCGCCCUGCUGGACCCCCAGUUGCUGCUCGCACUUGAGAAUCAUUAGAACAUGCCUUGCUUUAUUCUCUGAGAGUUUCAAUAUCAACUGCUGCUCAUAUUUUUGCAUGUUAUAAAUGUAUUUUGACUUCGAUGACUUUUAUUUUAGCAUUUUGUGGAUUAGAUCC